CCAUAUUGAGAACCAGAAGGAUCUGAAGCAUCUGAGCCUGGGUGACCUGAGUGUCCUGAGAGAGCUGAGGAACCUCACCAUCGUACACAGCGGUCUCCGUUCAGUGGCUCCAGAUGCCUUUCGAUUCACCCCUCGGCUGAGCCGACUGAAUCUUUCUUCUAAUGCACUGAACUCACUCUCCUGGAAAACUGUUCAGGGUCUUUCCCUGCAGGAACUGGUUCUGACUGGAAAUCCUCUGAACUGCUCCUGUGCCCUUCGAUGGCUGCAGCAAUGGGAGGAUGAGGGGCUGGCCAAACUGGGGUUUCUGUGCCAAGGGCCUCCUGCCAUCAUGCCCAACGAUACCUGUGGACUGCCUCUGCUGAAGGUUGAGGUGUUCAAUACCACAGUGGAUGUAGGUGACAAUGUGACACUGCAUUGCCAGGUGGAGAGCCAGGGUCAGAGCUGGACCGGCUGGAACAUUGAAGAGCUGUCUGAGUUUGCCACUGUGAUGCCCUCGGAAUCUGGGAAUCUGUCUUCCUUAUGGUUGAUUCUGGUCAAUGUCUCCAGUGACCUCAACAGGAAGAAUGUGACAUGCUGGGCUGAGAAUGCUGUGGGCCGGGCUGAGGUCUCUGUCCAGGUCAACGUUACCUUUCCAUCUAGAGUGGAUGUCCAAGAGCCAGUUGCCCAGCACCACUGGUGCAUCCCUUUUUCUGUGGACGGGCAGCCGCCCCCCACCCUCACAUGGCGCUUCAACGGCCGCUUACUCAAUGAAACCACCUUCAUCUUCACGGAGUUCCUGGAACAGGCCGCCAAUGAGACCGUGAGGCACGGAUGCCUGCGACUUAACCAGCCUACGCACGUUAACAACGGCAAUUAUUCCCUGGAGGCCUCGAACCCUGGGGGCCGGGCCACUGAUUCCGUGAUGGCUUCCUUCAUGGACAAUCCUUUCCAGUUCAACCCUGAGGAUCCGAUCCCUGUUUCUUAUUCCCCAGGAGCAACCAAUAGCACUUCUGGGGACCCUGUGGAGAAGAAAGAAGACCCAUCUUUUGGGGUCUCUGUGGCAGUGGGCCUCGCUGUUUUCGCCUGCCUCUUUCUCUCUGUCCUACUUAUUCUUCUCAACAAAUGUGGCCGGAGAAGCAAGUUCGGAAUCAACCGUCCUGCGGUGCUGGCCCCUGAGGAAGGUCUGGCCAUGUCCCUACAUUUCAUGACUCUGGGAAGCAGCUCCCUAUCUCCUGAGGGAAAGGGAUCCGGGUUACAGGGACACAUCAUUGAGAAUCCACAAUACUUCAGUGAUGCCUGCGUCCAUCACAUUAAGCGUAGAGACAUCGUGCUCAAAUGGGAGCUGGGAGAAGGUGCCUUCGGGAAGGUCUUCCUGGCUGAAUGUCACAACCUACUUCCAGAGCAGGACAAGAUGCUGGUGGCUGUCAAGGCCCUGAAGGAGGUGUCUGAGAGUGCCCGUCAGGACUUCCAGAGAGAGGCGGAGCUGCUGACUGUCCUGCAGCACCAGCACAUCGUCCGCUUUUUUGGGGUCUGCACAGAGGGCCGCCCACUGCUCAUGGUCUUUGAGUACAUGAAGCACGGAGACCUGAACCGUUUUCUCAGGUCUCAUGGGCCAGAUGCCAAGAUACUGGCCAACGGGGUGGGCACGGCUCCCGGGCCCCUAGGCCUAGGACAGCUGCUGGCUGUGGCAGGCCAGGUGGCUGCUGGGAUGGUCUACCUGGCUAGCCUGCACUUUGUACACCGAGAUCUGGCCACCCGGAACUGCCUGGUGGGCCAGGGGCUUGUGGUCAAGAUUGGAGACUUUGGCAUGAGCCGAGACAUCUACAGCACUGACUACUACCGGGUGGGAGGCCGAACGAUGCUACCAAUCCGAUGGAUGCCGCCAGAGAGCAUCCUCUAUCGGAAGUUUACCACGGAGAGUGACGUCUGGAGCUUUGGCGUCCUACUCUGGGAGAUCUUCACCUAUGGCAAACAGCCCUGGUACCAGCUCUCCAACACCGAGGCAAUCGAGUGCAUCACUCAGGGCAGGGAACUGGAGAGGCCUCGGGCCUGUCCCCCGGAGGUGUACGCCAUCAUGCGGGGCUGCUGGCAGCGAGAGCCCCAGCAACGCCACAGCAUCAAGGACAUCCAUGCCCGGCUCCAGGCCCUCAUCAAGGCACCUCCUGUCUACCUGGACAUCCUGGGCUAGCCCUGAGGAUCAGGCCUCAAAAACCUCAGGGGCUCCCAACCUUGCUCACUCUCACCGCUGCCACCCUUAUUAUUACCACCCAUGGGUGAUCUCAAAGCAUCUUUAACUCAUCCUUAUCCCAGGAACCCAUGAGGAGUUGGG